AUGAGUGUAGGGACUGCAUCUUCAACUUAUUAUGAAACUGAGGAGACAACAAGCUCCUACAGAGAUGAGGAAAGAUUGAAUGAGGAAGAGGUGGUUCAAAAAGUACAACCAACUCAAAAUGUUGUUAUUAAAAAUCAGCAACCAAAACAAGUACAGUCUGCAAGGGAUUUGCUUGCUGCUCAUCAACAACAACAACAAACACAAUCACCAGUUAAAGGCAUUCUUCAUUCACCAUCUCCAUCAUUGUACAGCGGAAGUACUCAAUUUACUACAGAUUCAGUGGCUUCAUCUAAAAAAUCAUCCCCUAAAAGUGUGUCAAUUGCAAUUUCAUCAAUAGCAAGCAAACAAACAACAACUCCAUCAACAACAUCAGCCAACUACAAUCGAUCGGAUAUAAUUUUUGUUGAGGAAAUGAAAAAAGCAUUCAAGAUGAUAGAUACUGACGGGGAUGAGCUAAUCUCAAAGAAUGAAUUAGCUGUUGCCAUUCGGUCUUAUGGGUUAGAUCCAUCACCAAAAUAUAUCAAUGAACUCUUCCAUUUGGCAGGAUCAAAGGAUGGUUUAUUGGAUAUGAAUCAGUUUUCAACCUUAAUGAAGAAAAAGGUUAAUCACGUUCUUUUCGAAAAUGACAAUAAGAAACGAAAGGCAAUAGAAGUAUUUUUUGAUAAACUUGAUAAAAAUGGAGACGGAUAUCUUUCAUUUGACGAGUUUAAGGAAGCUUUAGAAUCAAUUCCAACAAAUGGAAGAAUGAAUCCAAAACAAGAUGUGGAAGUAAUAACUGAGAUAUUAACUAAUAUUGAUAAAAAUGGAGACGGAGUUAUUGAUAUUGGAGGUGAGUAA